UCUCUCUUUGUCCUCUCCAAGUCUUCUCCCAUCUUGUGGUUGGGUGGCGGGAUAUCGGCUCCCAUGAAGAAUAAGAACAAGCAAACCAAGUUUCCCGUCGCGCGCAUAAAGCGAAUCAUGCAGAAGGACGAGGAAGUGGGCAAGGUAGCCCAAGCGACGCCCAUUGUCAUAUCGAAGGCACUCGAGUUGUUUCUCGGACUCAUCAUUGACGAAGCGAGCAAGGUCACGUUAGAACGCGGGUCGAAGAAGGUGGAGGCGUAUCAUCUGAAACAUGCCGUUGUGACAACGGAGAUGCUCGAUUUUCUCAAAGAACUCGUAGAAGCAGUACCCGAUCCUUCUAACGGGGGGACUAUUGACCUUGAGGAAGCUGCUGCAGAGAAGAAGAAGAGAGGGAAAGGUAAGAAAGCGGCUGUUAACAAUGACGAUGGUGAAGCUCCCCCUGCUCGCAAACGGAGAAAGCGCAAGGCCGAUGAGGAGGUUGAGAUGAAAAGUGAACCAGACAACAACGAAGAAGAUAACAUGGACGAGACAGACGACCAUCAUGAGGAGGACAGCGACUGGGAAGACAAGCCUUAUAUUCCCAAACGGUAG